GAAGUUUAUUACUGCCAGGUACGGAUAGAUAUCACCAGUCGUUAGUGGUCAGUGUUAGGGAAUAAGUUCGAUAAUUGUAGAGGGUUACCAUGAAGACAGCCAAAAUGUUUGCCAUACUUAUCAUCAUUUUCACUCUUGUAUUUUGCAGCAUAUCUUUUAUGAUAAUGCUAGCGCACAUGCGACCCGAUAGGACCAGGGUUGCAAUUAUCGGCGGAGGACUCUGUGGACUUAUUGCAACAAAACAUCUCGGCUCAAAGCCUCAAAAAUUCGAUCUGACGGUUUUUGAACGUAAUCGUGAAGUGGGAGGAAUGUGGGUCUACACUGAACUAACUGGUCUCGAUAGCUAUGGACUUCCAGUUCAUAGUGGUCUUUACAAAAAUCUCAAGACAAAUGUACCUAAGGAAAUCAUGACGAUGCCGGAUUUUCCAUUUCCAAAAGUAACUGGACCUUCUUAUGUCCAUCACAGUGUGAUUAAGAAAUAUUUACAAAACUAUACACGUCAUUUUGGGCUUUACCGUCAUAUAAAGUUGAACACUCUGGUAACAUAUGUUGAACCGAACACAUCAUGGCGUGGCAAAACAACCUACAGAGUUUCUCAUAAGAACCUCCUCACCGAUACCGUAGAGAGUAGUGACUUUGAUGCGGUUAUUAUAAGCAAUGGCCAUUUGACAAUUGGUAAAAUUCCGGAAAUUAAUGGUAGCGAUACAUUUCCCGGAACUGCCAUUCAUAGCCAUGAUUACAGGCACCCAGAGUAUUACUCUGGCAGAACAGUAUGUAUACUUGGCCUCGGGGAAUCAGGAUUUGAUAUCGCUUUUGACUUAUCACCACAUGUGACUAAAAUCUACCUGAGCCACAAUAAGGGUGAUGUAACCCUUCAGAUGCCCAAGAACAUCGAGUUGCGAGCUGGCCUCAUCAGCAUUAAUGGCAAUACCCUGACCUUCGACGAUGACACAACAGCAGAAGUCGAUGACAUUAUCUACUGCACCGGAUACAAAUUCACCUAUCCAUUUCUAUCGGACCGCAUCGAACUUUCGACUGCUGAUAACCACGUGGAGCCACUCUACAAACACUUAAUCCACACUGAGAUGCCGAAUUUGUUCUUCAUGGGACUUCCAGACACCUCUUUUAAUAUCCCGCUGGCCUAUAUCCAAUCGCAAUACAUUAUGGGACUCCUGGAAGGCCGACUCGAACUUCCCUCACCCAUGGAAAUGCGAACCAAUAUGCUCGAAGAAAAACUAAAGUUGCUGGACGAUGGAUUUCCAGUACGAUACAUCCUCAAAUUUCUUAAUGAUGGAUGGAAAUACUACGAUGGACUGGCAGCAUUAGCAAAGGUGCCUGCAUUCCCUGUAGUGCUCAAAAAAAUCUUCAACCACAUGAUGCUGAUGGUGGCUGUGAAUCUUCAGACUUUCAAAAAUUAUCGAUACGAAAUCGUCAACCCGAAAAAAUUCCGAGUUCAGUAUAUUUCUCCAGUCAAGUCAAGACAGUAAGCUUGGAUUUAUCCCAUAAUUUUAACAGUAGUUUAAUUAUCGAGUGAAUUAUUCAAUUUUCAUAACUAUACUAAUAUUUGAUCUUAUAUUCAUUAUCUAUUAAUUCAUAUAGUAAUCCAAAAUUCACAUAUCAAUCUUAAUUCAGCCUAUAUAGGUCUAUAUUAAUUUUUUAACAUUGAUAACUAAUGAUUGUAUGAAAAAAUUUCUUCUGCCGAUUGAGAGGCCUAUGACACAACGCAUCGUCAUAUUUUUUACCCGUAAUUUCGACGAUUUUUACGAGCUGAAUGAUUGAGCGACCUAAUCUUUUAUGAAUUUUAAUAUUAUUCAGACAUAAAUAAGAUGGAAAAAUCUAAUAAUAAUAUUAAUUAUAAUGACUCUGAAAUAUACCACGCAGGUUGAUUUAAUUAUCGCCCACUAAA